AUGCUCCCUGCACCGCUGACCAAGCGGAACACCGACGGCUCGCCAGAGCGCUCCCUCAUCAGAGGCUCUCAACACAAACGGAUGCAGUCCCUUCAACCAGGAAGUGUCCGGGAUCUAAGUCUGCUCUUGGAGAGUGGCCAGCAGUCGAAUCCUCCAUCCCCGACUAAGUCGCCCGAAAGAACCCCGCGGCCCUCGACGCCGGCGGCCAAGCGACGAGAUAGCUUCUCUGACACAAGAUCGGUGGAGAAAGAAGCCACAACCCCAUCCUCGGCCCCAAGCUUGACACCAAUCAUACGGCCGGCUGUUAAGCGGUCACAGCAGAGCAUCUUGGGGGAGAACACGCCGCCUCAGUCUGCAACAAUGCUUGCCAUCCAGAACAUGCCGCUUCACGGCCCCAAGGAGCCCGAGGCUUCCUCCAACGGCUCCACAGCUCUUGUGAAGGCACCACAGUCAGUGGAUGCUCUUUCUGGGCAGAUCCUUAGCCUCACCAAUAUUGCUACUGCUCUUCAGAAAGACAUGGCCCAGCUAAGCCGGCGAAGUCGUGACAAUGCUACAGAUCUGUUGAGUCUCAAAGAAGCGACAAAGGCAAGAGAUGAAGACAUCCGCAAAAGCUUGCGCGAACUCAUAAACAAUGCCCACGACUCGACGACUAGACCGUCUUCUCGGGACCCCUUCGCCAGCAGCCUCUUCCUCGACACCAAGUCCCAUCACACUUCUCCUCCUGCGUCCAAGGCCGGCCGGCCGUUUUCACUUCCGAGGAUACCAUCACCAAACAGCUUCGCAGCAUCAAUCGACAGAGACAACUUGAGCACUCCAUCGCUGUGCAACUCGGAGUCUCCAGCUUCAAUGGCAAUAUUGGACAAGAUCAUCAGAGACAUGGGCACAAAAGAGGGACACGACCUUCUGCUGGCUCGUCUCACUGACGUAGCAGAAAAGCUUGCCGGCGUUGCUCCAGCUUCCAAGGUGGAUGAACUUAUUCAUCUCGUAAAGGCCAAGUCUGACGAUGUCGUCGUAUCCCGAAGCAAUGGCGGAAACGGAAAUGGAAAUGGGAACCGGCCUCGCCCAGCCGGCUUUGAUGAUGACGGCAACAGCACUGAUUUUGACUUUGACCCCGGUUACGCAAGUCAGCUCACUCAUAGAUCGGAGCGGAUAUUACACAAUGAGCCAACCUCGAUGUCCGGUUCAACGCCCAACGGGGCGUCUGACUUGGUGAACGACGAGGUCCUCAGGAUCAUCCGUACCGUCAAGGAUAGUGUUGCUCAAGGAGGUGGCCUCACCGCCGAAGUCAAGGCACUCGUCAGAGAGCUUCGCGGUGAAGUUCUUGGCAUGGGACGAGAAAUUGGUAGAAGACUGGACGAGGCCAAUACACAAGCUGUGUCCACGGAGCCACCAGCAACCAAUGAAGAGAUGUCAAGGAUUGUCCACGACGGCCUUGAACGGAUGAGGGAGCAUAUGGACGAGGUACUCCGCGAGCACCGAAGACAGUCAGCCAAUUCAGUCUCCUCCAGAGAAAGCGCAGUCGAUUACCAAGAGAUUUACAACGCCAUGAGAGCGGCUCUGCGCGAUUCACAGGCAUCACAGCCCAAGGCUCCCGACUUGAGCCGCGAAGACGUCAUCGACGCUGUCAGGAAUGCCUGGGAGAAUUACAAGCCUGAGGUUGAACAUCAAGACCUUGGCUUCGGACGGGAAGAGAUCCUGGAGUAUCUCAAGGAGGGCCUUCAGGACUACGUCAAACUAGAUCGGCACCCUGUGGGUGCUUCCAGGGAAGAGGUCUUCCAAGCAGUGGUCGAGGGCCUCAAACACUUUGUUCCACCCCGUGUUGACACCCCGGCUAGUCUUUCACGAGACGAGAUUCUCGACGCUGUGCGUGAGUGUCUGGAGGAAUUCGAGUUUCCUGUAGCCCCGUCGGCUUUCAACCAGGAACUCACACGUGAAGACAUGAUCCAUGCUGUCAAGGAAGGCCUCAGCGGAUACGAUCUGCCUACAGCUGGCUCCCUUGUGCCUCAUCAAACCAGUAACGAUGAGAUUGUGUCCAGACUGCAGGAUAUUCUUGACUAUAUGCGAGGACAAUUCCAAGUUGCAUCAGAGGAGGCAAAGGAUACCAUGGCGGCUGGCAGCCGUGAUACUGAGCAUCUUCUAGGGGCUACAAAGGACGGCCUGGAUAAGCUAAGGACGGACAUGCAAGAGUAUAUGACCCAUCUCAGUACCACUACCGCCAAUCAAGAUGAGAUCACGGACACCUUGCUAGGCACCCUGGAUUCCUUCAGAGAUGAAAUGGCUGCCUUGGUUGAUCGGGUUUCGAGCGACUCAAGGUCAACCAUCGAGAACCACAUGGAAUCCCUUCGAGACACAGUCAACUCUUCUAUGGUGCCUGUCACUCCCCAGAUCAACCAGAAGGAGAUCAUCGAAGCAGUAAGAGACGGCGUGGACAGCGUGCGUGCCGAGCUACGCCGCCCAUUCGCUGGUGUGACAGAGAUCCUGGACGCUCUACAUGACGGCCUAGCGGAUUUGCGCAUCAGCAUCGAAAAGGUCGGAAACCGACCGGCAGAUUUGACUGCCAACGACGAAAUACUGGACGCUUUGAAAUGUGGCCUCGACAGUGUUCGAUCGGAUAUCGACAAUCUUCGGGAGCAUCAGGGCCAAAAUGACAAAGCCUUGAUGACGAUGAACGAUGGCGCGAUUAUCCCAGCGAUCGCAGAUGCACUCAAGCAGGACGACAUCAAAAAUCUUGAGGUUCUGAUUACCCAGCUGGGUGUCAAAGUUGAGGCCAUAGAGCCAAACAAUGCUGAGCCAGUCUCCAAAGAGGAUCUCUCGCAUAUGGAGGACCUUCUGCACUCUUUGCAGGAGUCCGCGUCCAAAGAUGACAUACUUCGUCUCGAGGACAUGCUUCGGCUUGUUCAGGAAUCUGUGUCCAAGGAUGACUCAACCCGAAUCGAGGAAGCCCUGCUUAAUGCCCCGGGUUCUGUGCCCAAAGAAGAUCUGGCACGUCUCGAGGAGGCCAUUCUUGGCAUCCAAGAAUCAAUCAACCAGGAAUCGGUCAAGACGAAGAGCAGCGAUGCACCUAACCCAGCUAGCGCCGAAGCCGCUUCCAAAGAGGACGUGCAAGCUAUCGAAACCAUCUUGCGCAAUACCAAGGGCCGCCUAGACGACCUCAUCGACGGCGAACAAGCAGUACGGAAGGAACAUCUCGACAGUCUGGAAAACAUCAUCCUGGAGACCAGGGAGACAAUCAACCUAAUAACCACUCAAAUGGACGCCCUUUCUCAGAAGGACGACGUUACGAGUGUCGAGUCACUGGUCACGCAAGUCGCUGCGGGCUUCGAAGAGAUGAAAGAGAGUGCAUCGAAACAGCUGGAAGACCCCGAACGUAUUACCAAGACUGAUGUUGACGCUGUUGAGGCGGUUUGUCUUGACAUAAAAAAUGUUUUUGACCAGAUGCUCAAGACGGACCUGGCAGCGCUCGCAACCAAGGAGGACCUGGAAAAGACAGCAACGGCACUGGAGGAGCUUAAAGCACCCGUCGAGAGCCUGAAGGCUCCCCUCAAUGAGCUCAAGACACCUUUGCAGGAACUUAAAGUCCCCUUGGAAGAGCUGAAGACACGACUGGACGGGUUGACCGAGUCUCAUGCUAAGGGAAGUGAAGAGCGCCAGGCCGAGAUCGUCGGUGUUGGUGAGAGAGUCUCAGAGGUCAAAACAUUCCUUGAGGAGUUCCAGACUUUGAUGAAAAGCAGGCUUGAGGAUGGAGUCACCGGAGUUGAGACUCUUGCCAAGCUCAUCGAGGGUGUUUCAACCACAGUUAGCCAGAACGCUUCUAUCGGACAGGAGCUGAAGGAUCUUUCCGACACAAUGAAGAUGGAAUUCGAGGAGUCCAAGGCAGGCGUAGUUGGUGCCAAGUUAGAAUCGGAUGAGAAGUUCCAGCAGACGACGGAAGCCCUGAGUACCAAGAUCGACGAAAGGGUCGCGGAACUGAUGACCAAAUACGACGAAUUCCAGGCAACUCUCGAAGACCGAACGAAGGCGGGAGAAGCUCGCGAUGCCGACACGGAGGCGGCUGUUCUGGGAACCAAGGCCGUUGCGGAAGACCUCAAAUCGCUUGUUGACACGUUGGGUGCGGCCGUGACCGAUUCAAUGGAGAAGAUGGAAGAGGCAUCCAAGACUGUAUUUGACAGGGUGGAGAAUCUCAUGGCCAAAUCUGACGAGAACCAUACGGACGACAAAGCCGAGCAUCAACAAACCCGUGAUCACCUGAAGCAGGCCAUCGACGCUGUUCAAGGUCUCCAGGGACAAGUUGGCGAAGCACAGCCGCAAAUCCUUGAGGCUGUCAAGCACGUCCUCGCCAUCGUCGGCCAACACUACGAUUAUGCCAAAGCUUCGGCCACCGAUAUUCAGCAACGGAUUGAGGAAGCGAAACCACCCGAGCACGCGCUUCUGCCACCACCAGAGAAGUACUACGACGAUACCGUAGUGCUCGAAAAGCUCGAAAAGUUGGUCGAGCACACUUUGGUCCCGUCCGAAAAGUACGACGAUACGCCACUCCAGGAAAAGCUCGACAAGAUCGUUGAACAUACUCUUAUGCCCAUCGACAAGUACGAUGACACAGUUGCACAAGAGAAGCUCGACAAGCUUGUGAAACAUAUCUUGACGCCUGUCGAGAAAUAUGACGACGCGAUUGUCCAGGAGAAGCUCGACAAGCUUGUGGAACACGUCUUGACGCCUGUCGAGAAGUAUGACGAUGCGAUUGUCCAGGAGAAGCUUGACAAGCUCGUGGAGCAUUCGCUUGUGCCGGUUGAGAAGUAUGACGACACAGCCGCCCAGGAGAAACUGGAUAAGCUUGUAGAGCAUUCCCUCCUACCGGUCGAAAAGUAUGAUGACGCAGGCGUACAUGAGAGACUCGAAAAGCUUGACAUUGGCCAGACUGAGAAGAUCGACAUGCUUCACAUGGGCGUCAGUGAAAAGCUUGACAAGCUUGACGUAAGUGUCGGGGAAAGGCUUGACAGUUUCGACGUAGGUGUGGGCGAGAAAUUUGACAAGCUCGAUACCGGCAUGAACGACAAGCUCGACGAGCUUAACACCGGCAUAAGUGAACAACUCGGUAAGCUCGAUUCAAGCAUCAAUGAAAACAUCGACAAGCUGGACCUAGGUAUCAGCGAGAAACUCGGGAAGUUUGACAUGAGCAUGAUUGAGAAGCUCGACAAAUGUGAUGCUAGUAUGGGCGAGAGAUUCAACAAGCUCGACGCGGGUGUGAACGACAAACUCGACAGGCUUGUCGAGCACUCUCUCAUCCCUAUUGAGAAGUAUGACGACAGCCCCGUACACGAAAAGCUCGAUAAGCUAGUUGAGCAUGUAUCAAUUCCGGUUGAGAAAUACGAUGACGCAGCUGUUCAUGGAAAGCUUGACGAACUCGUCGACCAUAGUCAUGCAGCGGAGAAGGCUUUUGCUCAGCUUGACACACUCGAGAAGGUCCACCAACAAGUCCUUCAGACUGCUGCGGACAUCUCACUCUUUCUGGCAAACCAGACUAAGAAAAUUGCAGAGGAGGACGAGGACAGAGAAAAGACACUGAACGAGGUCAAUCUUGCAUUGGAGCGCCAGCUAGCCCUCAAGGAGCAGAUCCAAGAAAACCUGCUUGACCUCAAGCAGGAAGAGGAGCGGCUCAAAGCAUCAGUGCUUGGACUCAGGACUGAGCAAGAUGGCUUGAUACGGCAAAAGACAAGGCUCACCGCCGACGUGUCGUCUCUCGAGACAGCUCUACAUUUGCGCCGGGAAGAGCUCCACGACAUGGAGACUCGCGCCGAAGGGUUGGAACGCCGGAUUUUGGAGGGAGUCAUGGAUCAUUCCCGCAUUCUCCUCAUGUCAAAGGCAACCAAGGGACGUGACGCUAUGAGCCGGAAACGUGUCCAGACCCAGAAGUCGGGCCAAGACUGUGGCGUCAACGAGAAGAUUUCAUCACCCACAGUCAAUUUGGCUCUCUCUGCCAAGCGGAGUCUGAAGCCGCCAACCCAGACGGGGACCGCGCGUCGCAUCCUGUCGCUCAGCCAGAUCACAAACAAUGUGCCAACAGGAGGUGUUAAGCGCAGUCAGAGUGUCAGGACUGCUGGCGCUGGUGGUAAGGGUCUUCGGAAAUCUAGCUGGGCAGGCGGCUUUGCAAAGGGCUAUGGAGAGUUGGACAAGGAAAAUAUGCUGAAGGAGACAGAGGAGGAGAACCUGCCGAGCCCGGCGCCACGUGAAGAUGCCAUCGUCGUAACAGAAACCAUGUUGGGCAGCGACGAUACGAGCGAUACUGAAACUUUGCGACGAAGCAGCCGUGGUACGACGGUUGUUACGGAAGGCACCGAAAACUCCAGCGGCGAUGGCGAUUAUUCGCAUUUCUACGACAAUGUCCGAAGCGACCCACAGAGCGAUUGGGUUGAGAGCGGCGUGAGCUCAACGCUGGGCGACGAGACGCCAGCAAAUGAGGCCACAGGACUCGCGGAACAAUGA